AAUGGAAUUUGUUUGAAAAGGUUUGAGAAACUUACGGUAAUUAUUUGUUUCAGAUUUCUUCGACUCGCAAUGGCCAGCAUCAUGGACAUUUUGAAAAUAAAACCAUUCGUAGAAGUCUCGGUUGGACAGCUUCUAUGGGGUUAUGAAGAUCCACUGCUAAAGCUUGCUAAAGAUGUUGUACCGAAGGAGCAGAAGUUACCAUAUGAUGAAUUUGGUCUAAUGUAUGGUAAAAAUAGUACUUCAAAGGACAGAGUUACUGUCUGGACAGGAGUUGACGAUAUCACACAAUACGGUAUCAUAGAUAAAUAUAACGGACGUUCCCACCAAACUCACUGGUCAACUGAACAAUGCAACCGCUUGAAUGGAACAGAUGGAUCAAUCUUUCCGCCACACAUAACUAAAAACACGACGCUUUUUGUGUACGAAAAGGAUCUAUGCCGUCUGUUACCGCUGAAAUUUGAAAAGGAGGUUACUGUUAAAAAUGGAGUGCAAGGAUUUCGGUUUACUCCAUCUCCAGAUGUAUUCGCUUCUGUAGAAAAAAAUAAAGACAAUUUGUGCUAUUGUCCUGCGGGACCCCCCUGUGCCCCCAAUGGAUUAUUCAACGUCUCAUUGUGCCAAUAUGAUUCCCCUAUUUUACUAAGCUUUCCUCACUUUUAUUUGGCUGACCAAUCGCUGCGAACAGCAGUAGAAGGAAUUUCUCCACCAGAAAAAGAGAAACAUCAGCUAUUUAUCGAUGUACAACCGGAAAUGGGCACCGCUCUCCGCGCUCGGGCACGAAUUCAGAUCAAUCUUGCAGUCAGUCAAGUGGUGGAUAUUAAACAGGUCGCCAAUUUUCCCGACAUCGUGUUCCCAAUCUUGUGGUUUGAAGAAGGCGUCGAUUCUCUCCCUGACGAAAUAUUAGACCUGAUGAAACUAGCCACUACUGUGCCACCAAAAGCAAAAUACGUGCUCACAAUUGCCUUGUUCUCACUCGGUGGAUGCUUAUUUUUGAUAGCUGUUAUCUGUUUAGUACGCAAAUCACAUCGACAAAGCACAUUGCAUUUGGAAGGAUCAAACUAUCUCGCAUCCGCCGCAGUUGACCAAGCGAAGAAAAAAGCAAAAAUGGAAAGCGGAAGCCAUCAACAUUAGUUUUUUUUAUUAUUUUUUUCUUGUGAUUGGGGGCAUAAGGGAUAAGGGUUUUAGGUGUCCAUCUCGAAGAAGUACGUAAAUAUGUUCAUUUUUAUAACAUGGUCAACGGAAACAUAAAUAAAAUUUGCUCAACAAUUCUUUGUAA